CAUUGGUUUGAAGUGGUUGACUUAAGACGUACAUAUACGUAAAUUUUGCCCCUGUGAGUAGUGUGGUCCAUAUUUGUGUUCAAAGAUUUGUUGAAAGUUUUAGCCUGAAGGCUAGAGGGAAAGUGAUUGGUCCAUAUCUUUUUGUCAUGUCGUGCAAAAUAUAAUGGAUUAAAUAACAAUGUAAUGGCGAAAUUCUUCGAUCGAUUGGCAAAAAAUCUGACUGUGGUUCCAGCUAUAUAAACUCGCUCGACUUUUGAUGCUGUACCAUUCAAGUUUAUGAUCCAAGUGAAUACAACACACACCAUGGCCUUCAAGCUUGUCGCCAUUUCGGUUGUUCUUGCUCUCGUGGGAGUCCAACAUGGAUUAGCAGGUCAUGCUCAUAGUUUUGCUCAUUUCCAUGGACCAGUUGAGGGACCACAUCACGAAAUCUCACUUCAUGACAAACAUGGGCAUCAUCACAUUGAUUAUGUAGCCCAUCCUAAAUAUGAAUUUUCAUAUGGUGUUGAGGAUCAUCACACUGGAGAUUAUCAUGGACAGAAAGAGCAUCGUGAUGGAAAGAAUGUUCAUGGUGAAUACACAAUUAAGGAACCAGGUGGCAAUGUAAGAACUGUUAAAUAUCAUGCUGAUCCUCAUGGAGGAUUUUUCGCACAUGUUCAUAAUUCAGGAGGCAAUGAUCAUUCUGGAGGUACCUAUGGAGGUCAUGGCCAUCAUGAAAGUCAUCAUGGUUAUUAAAUAAUUUUCCAAAAAGAUGUUUAAAAAGAAAAAAUUGAUUACUCACUUCUGAUUCUAUUAAUAGUAAAGUUUGUUUUCGUAUGUUUGUAUAUUUGGUUUGUUAUGUUAUUAAAUAUGAACUGUUGAUUAUUA